GGAGAACAACUUUACUCGGCAGCCUGCGUUAUAUUUGGGAGUGGUUUUUGGAUACACAGCGCGGCACUAACUCCAAACUGAGGGAGGAGGGGGGUCAAUUAGUUAAGUGGAUGAGUGUGGUUUUCUUUUCUUUUCUUUUUCUCCGAAGCAUCAAAAACAACUCAGCAGCCCUGUCCCGUGUUGUGUUUCCCAUAUGUCGCGAAAGCAGGUCGACCAUGACUACAAUCUCCGUAGUAUGAGCAACCUGAUGGGCGAGCGGUGGAAGAAAGUGAACGACGGGGGAGAGCGGAGUCUCAUCAAGGCUCCGUCCAGCGCCAGCAUCAGCAGCCAGGGCGCCUCCGCCGCGACUUCCACCGCCGCCGGCGCCCCGGCAGCACCCUCCUCUUCCACCGGUGACCUGGAGAGGGCUGCCCGCAAGCAGUUCCAGCAGGAUGUCACGCCCGGCUUCGUCUACGUCCUGGCCGCCUUCUCCGCCCUCGGGGGGUUCCUGUUCGGCUACGACACCGGGGUGAUCUCCGGGGCGAUGCUCCUGCUGAAGAGGGAGCUGGACCUGAGCGCCCUGUGGCAGGAGGUGCUCAUAUCAAGUACUGUGGCCGCGGCAGCCCUGUCUGCCCUGCUGGGCGGCUUCCUCAACGGGCUCUUCGGGCGCAGGGUGUGCAUACUGCUGGCCAGCUUCUUCUUCACCGUCGGGGGGAUCGUGCUGAGCACCGCCCCUGGCAAGGAGGCUCUCCUGGCGGGGAGGCUCAUCGUCGGAGUGGGGCUCGGUAUUGCCUCUAUGACUGUGCCAGUAUACAUCGCUGAGGCCUCUCCGCCCCACCUCAGGGGGCAGCUGGUGACAGUUAACACCCUCUUCAUCGCCGGUGGACAGUUCACCGCCAGCCUCAUCGACGGCGCUUUCAGCUACCUGCAGCGCGAUGGGUGGAGGUACAUGUUGGGUCUGUCGGUGCUUCCCGCACUGCUCCAGUUCAUCGGAUUCUUGUUCCUACCAGAGAGCCCUCGUUGGUUAAUCCAGCGCGGGCUGACCCAGAAGGCCCGCCGCGUGCUCAGUCAGAUCCGAGGCAACCAGAACAUCGACGAGGAGUACGACAGCGUCAAGAACAGCAUCGACGAGGAGGACAGCGGAGGAGAUGGCCCAGUGAUCUGGCGGAUGCUGACCUACCCCCCGACUCGCCGAGCCCUCCUGGUGGGCUGUGGUCUUCAGAUGUUCCAGCAGCUUUCAGGAAUCAACACGGUCAUGUAUUACAGUGCCACCAUCCUGCAGAUGUCAGGAGUGCGGGACGACAGGCUGGCGAUUUGGCUGGCCGGACUCACCACCUUCACUAACUUCCUGUUCACCCUGCUGGGAGUGUGGCUGGUGGAGAGAGUGGGACGCAGGAAGCUCACCUUGGGCAGUCUCAUAGGUACAUGUUUGAGUUUGAGUCUGUUGGCCAUCGGUUUUCUGAUGUCUGCCGAGCACAGUCCUCCUGUCACCUUCCACCCAUUAGACCCAUCUAUGGCCAACUCUACCUGCUCCAAAUACCAGCUGUGUGAGCCAUGCAUGCUGGACCCUGGAUGUGGUUUCUGUUACCGUGAGAAUGGCUCGGCGCUCCUCACCUCCUCCUGCGUGCCAGUCAAUAAGGCCUCCACAGAGCAAGCAGCAUGGGGCAGAUGCUCCAACUCCAGCCUGAUGAGAGAUCAGACCUACUGGGCCUACAAUUACUGUCCCACCUCCUUCUCCUGGCUGGUUUUGCUGGGUCUGGUGCUCUACCUGGCUGCUUUUGCUCCUGGAAUGAGUCCCAUGCCAUGGACCAUCAACUCAGAGAUCUACCCUCUGUGGGCGAGGAGCACAGGGAACGCCUGUGCUGCCGGAGUCAACUGGACCUUCAACAUCCUGGUGUCGCUCACCUUCCUCCAUCUGGCUCAGGUCUUCACCUACUACGGAGCGUUCUUCCUUUACUCCAGCAUGGCUUUGCUGGGUUUCUUCUUCGUCUAUGGCUGCCUGCCUGAGACCAAAGGCCGGCGUCUGGAGGAGAUCGAAGCGCUGUUUGAAAACCAGCUUUGUUCCUGCGGCGCCUCUGAUUCAGACGAGGGACGGCAGGUCGAAUACAUCCGAGUCAAAGGUUCAAACUACCAUUUAUCGGACAACGACGCGUCUGACGUGGACUAGGGGGAGCUUGAGUGCUGGCAACCUCCCUCUGGGUGUUUUGUUCGCUUUGGCAAUAACUGAAACACGCAGAGAGGUUGGGUCUGUAAUAUUUUUAUUUUUCUGUGUGUGAGCUGAGGAGCCACUGGUUACUCUAACUAUGAGGUUAAGAAUCACAGUUUAAAAAGGCCUUUUGCUUGUAUCAGUAAUGUGAGUGAGUUUACUUUCAAGUCAGUCAAUUCAGGAAGACAAAAUCAAUGCUUUAGCAGUUAGCAGAAGGGUUACGUUUAUUAUUGUCCGAAUUGAUGGUGAACUGACGCCAAAUCUGGAGUUAAACCUGCUUUAGUAGAUAGCUGAAUUUACCACCAUGCACCACAAAUGUCUCAAUUACGAAAGGCUAAAACAUUGCCUUUUCCACAUAACAGACAGAGGUUCUGUGUCUUUUUCGUGGAAACAUGACUGUUGAAAACACACUGCAUGUACAAAAUAUAAGGGACACUUCUGCUGAUGAUGAUGUACUUUGCAAAAGAGGCUGCAGUUCAGUGCCAGUGAGACAUCCCUAAUAUUUUGUACAUUUUCUGAAUAAAUAUCAUUUAGGAUUUAUUUAUAUAUGAUGUACAUACGGUAUGAGAAGGAAAACAUGACACAGCCAACCUACAGCAUUAUGUCAGAACAUGUUUCCAUUGAGAACUCCAUUUAAAAAGGUACAGUAAAUGUGGUUCAUGCACCCACAAAACUUUUGUUAAUAGGACAGCAGUUGUGACUUAUUGUUGUAUUACCAUUAUGCCUUUCUAUAUGACACACAUCUCAGUCACAUGUUUGCUUGUAGCAUAGCACACCAAUGUCAGUUCCUCAUCUGAUGACAGUCUUAGUUCGAGGUCAUUCUGAUAUUUUUUUAUGAAAAGCAAACACCAGAGAUGUACAGUAUAUUGUUCAAGUUUAGAAAACUUGUAUUGUAAGUUGGUGCCUAAACAAACACAAUCACCAAUCUAGUAGCACUGAAAGGAUAUAUAAGUUCUGUUACUAUGGUUUAUUUUUGACCUAUUUAUUUAAAUAUUAUUUCUCAUUCAGCUUUGCAACAAAUUACUAAAUGCUUUUCUGUUUUUGUUUUCAAUUCUGUUGCUUGCCUGCCUCUAAAAAAUGGCAGUUUUUAACAUAAUACUAUGGAGAGUACAGUCUUAUGUCAUUCUACACUGCACGUUAUAAAGCUACGUAUGUCAUUGCUGAUUGUUAUUGCUGGAUAUUAUAAUGUCCAGCAAAGAAAGUGGUAGGCUAAAACCAUUGUAUUUCAAGUAUUUUCAUUCUAUCUUUAACAUGAUAAUAUUAGUGCCUGUGUAUUGUGAAGGUGCCUAAAGGCCGGUUUUAAGUCCAAAACCCUGAAGUGGAUGUAUUAUACCAUGUUAUAAUUAGGUCUACAUAGCUUGUUUUUUUUUAUUUGACCUGUACAUAUUUGCAUUUCACCUGUGAUGGAAAACUAUAUUUUUUACUAUCAUUUCAUGUAUUUUGAUUUCCGUCUUCCUCCAUAGCCUUAUGUACAAAUAGCAGAGCAUAUCAUUUAUGUGGUUCUUGUGUCAAAUGUCGAGAAGUAGGCUUUAGCGUAAUUUACCAGUGUUGUUUUGUAAAAAAUUGUAAAACUGUGUGAGGUUACACCUUGUUAGUCAAAUACACAUAGGUUUCUGUGUAGCAAAAACUGUUUGAGAGUAGCUUACGGAGUAACUUUGUGUAACAAAACAAAACAGGUAAAUAAGGCGUUAACAAGCUGCGCCGUUACUGUGUACAGGUUCCUUGUGGCAGACAGUGCCAAGUGCAGGACUGUCCGUAUGUUUUUGGCACGUAGGUCCUAACCCGUCAUGAAUUAAUAAGAUACAAUACCUCUUUUUAAUACACCUUUCAAAUAAGAAGCUGUUCAUCAAAUGCCAUGCCACACAAUGUAGUGACAUUUUCAGUGACCCGUCAAAGUUGAAUAAAGUAUUUGCAUCAAG